ACUGAAUUAGAGGAUUUCGAAGUGGAUUUAAAACUAAAUCUUGAUUAGGGAGAAUUUCUCUCCAAGAGCUGCUGCACGGUGGUAUUAAUGGGAAGUGAUCGUGGACAGAGGAAAUAGGACAGAAAUAACUGAGGGUAGCACAUACGCACUCAGGUCUGUGCAUGAACUGAAAGAAUCAGAGAAUUUCUCAAGAGGAAAAGGGAGAAAUUAAGCAUCGACAUAAGGAGACUGGGUGCCACGGGGCUGGCUGGAGAAGCUUGGAGCAGCCAGAGCCCUGCUGCACCGACGGCAUUUCCCUCUAUCCCGGCGGAGAGGUUUGCAGGUGAAGAGGAGGCGACGAGCACGGCUGGGAAAAAGAGCUCGGAGGAGAGGAAACCUCUGCCCGCUCCCCCAGACCCCGGUGUUCGUCCUCUGAGCCCUGGGUGGACUCCAGGAGCUGCCCCCCAUGCUCUGCAGACACAUGCCUGGAGGUGCCCAUGGGAUCCUGUCUCUGAUGACUGUGGUGUUCGUCCUUCCAGAGGUGUCUGGACUCCAGUGCUAUGGCUGCAACAUCGUGGUUGGCACCAAAAACGUGGACAUGGGGUGCUCUAACCCCGAGGUGAUCACCUGCUCCCAGUCCCACCAGGGCUUCAAGCACCGGUUCUGCAUUAAGACAGAGAGCGUGGUCCUGGGCAUCCUGCUGACCAGCGGCUGUGCCACCUCCCGCCACUGCCAGCAGCAGGAGCUGCCGGGCGUCCGCAUCCACUGCUGCGACACCGACCUCUGCAACGGCUCCCCCAGAGCCCCCCGGCCUCCCCCCGGCCUCGCGGGCGGCCACCUCCUGCUGCCCUGCGUCCUUGCUGCCCUGCUCCUCUCCUGA